AUGGCCUCUCGGAUCUUGCGUUUUCUCGUAUUUUCACCAGCCAGUCUUUCUGUCGAUCUCAUGUCGAUUUCGUGUCUCUUUCAUGCAAUGUCUUCCACUAUUUCCGAUCUUCGCGCAUCCAUGUUCCUGCAGAGUCUUUCAUGUUCCUUGAUUCGUAGGCCGAUUUUUCUUCCUGUUUCUCCGAUACACUUCUCCUCACAGAUACCGCAUCUGAUGCGAUAA